CGUCGUCACUCAUCAUCAAUGAAAGCUUACAAGUUACAAAUCUUUCUCUCUCUCUCUCUCUCUCUCUCUGAAAAUCAAAUCUCGAAUUCGGAAAAUGGAGAACAGAGUGAAAGCAGAAUCAGCCAAGGUUCAGCAUGUCGCCAGAGCUUCAUCGGACGAGCUUCUCCGGAAAUUCGCCGAAGUCGGCUCUGCAUCCGAAGACGAGCGAGAGCUCCGUCUAGUCAAGCGCCUGAGAAGGAGCGAAACCGCCGGCGGUCUCCGUCGCCGUCGCGGUGGCGGAAGGGAAGCGGCGAAUUGCAGCGGCGGUUCGUCGGUUGUGGAGAGGAUGUCACUUAUCAUCUCUCCGGCGGCGCCGGUCCGGCACUUCGGAAUCGGGAAAGUCAGGGUCCGAUCCAUGGAUUCAAGGACCAGGUCUUUCGUCGGUACUCUAAAGAAGACAUGGCGAAAGACCAUAGAAGGGGCAUCCAAGGUCUUCAUUGAGAAACAAUAUAAUGGACACAAACGCCUCAUCAAUGACAUCUACUAGUUUAAUUAUGUGAUUAUUGAAUAUGUAAUAAUAAUCAUUAUUUAAUGUUGAGUGUUCUUUUUUUUGUUUUACUCAAUGUUUAGCAUUAUUUAUUUAUUGGUAGGUAUCGUUUUUCUACUUUCAAGUAGCUAAAAUUAAACUCUAUGUGCACAC